AUGUUCAAUGUAGGCACCGUUGAUCACACGGCACGCAUCAAAUCCGUCAUCUUCCAACUUCUCUUGCAUUGCAAUGCAAAAGUCACGACGAGCUGGUUUAUCAGUGUCCGGCAACUACCAUGCACACGCACAUAUACACACACACGCACGCGCACGCGCACGCGCACACUCGCAUUUCAACUAUUCUUUUUCUCGGUCUCUCUUUCUCACACACACUCUCAUUCCCAAUCAUUCUCGCUGUUCUUUCUUUUUCUCCCUGUCUCUUUUUCUCUGUUUCUCUCUCUCUCUUUCUUUCUCUCUCUCUUUUUCUUUCUCUCUCUCUUCCUCUCUCUUUUUCUUUCCCUUUCUCCACCCCCACCCUUACACACAAAAGCAUGCCUUUGCUCAUUCUCCCUUACUUGCACAUAUAUACACAAACUUAAUGGUUCUUUAUAUCAUUUCCUCUUUCUUUCUCUCUCUCUUGCCUAUACUUUUUUCUCCCCCUCUUUCAAACACAUAGCCAUCUCCCUCUUUUUCUCUCUUUCACACACACAGUCAAAUACACAACCUUGUUCUCUCUCUUUCUUUUAUACGAACUCGUGCCUCUAUUUUUUGUCUCUUUCUUUCUCUUGUCUUCUCACUCUAGCAGACAUAAAAAGCAUUCUUUCUCCCUCCCUCCAUCCCUCCCUCGUCCCUCCCUCCCUCGCUCUAACUCACACACAUUUUUCCGAUUCAUUUUUCCUUUCUCUCUCUCUUCCCAACCUUGCUCUUUCUUCUUCUCUUUUUCUUUUUCUUUACAUACCUCUCUCUCUCUCUCUCUCUCUCUCUCACACACACGCACACAAGUUCCCAACAUCGCUCUUUCUUCUUAUUCUUUUCUUUACCUACCUCUCUCUCUCUCUCUCUCUCUCUCUCUCACACACACACACAAGUUCCCAACCUUGCUCUUUCAUCUUCUCUUUCUCUUUUUCUUUACCUACCUCUCUCUUUCUCUCUCUCUCUCUCUCAAACACACACACACAAUUUCCCAACCUUGCUCUUUCUUCUUCUCUUUUUCUUUUUCUUUACCUACCUCUCUCUCUCUUUCUCUCUCUCUCUCUCUCAAACACACACACAAGUUCCCAACCUUGCUCCUUCUUCUUCUUCUUUUCUUUACCUAACUCUCUCUUUCUCUCUCUCUCACACAGACACACAAGUUCCCAACCUUGCUCUUUCUUUUUUUUUUCUUUACCUACCUCUCUCUUUCUCUCUCUCCCUCUCUCUCACACACACACACAAGUUCCCACCCUUGCUCCUCCUUCUUCUUUUAUUUACCUACCUCUCUCUUUAUCUCUAUCUCUCACCCCCCACACACAACCUCUUUCUUUUCUCUUCUCCCACACACAUACACUCCCACAUAUAUACACGCAAGUUCCCAAACUUUCUGCUUCUCUUUUUCUACCCUCUCUCUCUCUCUCUCUCUCUCUCUCUCUCACUCUCUCAUUCAAGUACAAACGUUCAUCAUUUCCCUGCAGUUGCAAAAUAUCUAAACAAUUAUUUUUCCACUUAUAUAAAUAUUUACAUCUUGGGAACUAA